CUACACACGUUAUAUCCUACAUUUAAUCUCCAGUGUGUUAUAUCGCCGUCACGUUAACAGUCGCUCUAACUUUUAUUCAUUUCUUGAAUUUCUUGAUUUUAUUUUCAUGUUUAUUCCCGUUUUCUCUGCCUCUGUGUGACUCCGCCCAUACAUUCCUGUGUGUCUGGGCUGCGAGGAAGAGGAGGAGGAGGAGCAGGAGGAAAGAAAAGGAAAGAGAGGUUGCUGCCUGUAGACUCCUGAACCAGAGAGGAGAUGAUAAACAACAACAACAACAACACUCAUCUUGAAUCUGACCGCUGCAGCUUUCUGACAUAACCUGCGUUAAUCCCCCAGAGUCCAAACCACCUGGACGUGUUUCUGAUUUGUUUAAUUUAUUUUGCUUUACAAGUUGUUUGGAACUUUUUUUUUUUUGGCCGGAGUUGCAGCUUGAGUUUGGUUUUCAGUCCUGACUGCAUUGCAACCAAACUCCGCUGUGUUUCGCUGCUUCUUCUUCUUCUUCUUCUUCUUCUGUCGCUGCUGGAGGAGAAAAUAAAACAACAAACCAUCCACAGAGAGUCUGCGCGGAGGGAAUCAUGGAAAUCCUGGACAGUAGUGAACCGUUUCUACACUGGGACCGGAACCUCAGCGAGCUGUCCGAGGCAGGGGAAAUGGACUGUGCGCUGUACACCAAUCACUUCUCCGAGUUCCUAGAUGACCUCUCCCAGGAUGCUUUGCUGGGCCAGCUGCUCAGCGACCCCUUCCUGUCCGGAGUGAGAGGCGGCGUGGAAGCCAUGGAGGGGGAGGACGGAGGCAGCCUGUCCCCGUCUUCCCCUCUUCCCCCGCACAUCACGGCCGAGCACAGCUACUCGCUGUGCGGUGACAGCCGACCGCAGUCGCCCCUGUCGCACCUGACCGGAGAGCAAGGCAGUGAAGCAGAGUCCGAUGGGGAUUCAGCUGACUGGCCCAUGGAGCAGGAGGAGGCUAUUGACAGCCUCCUGUGUGAGACUCCUUCCCUCCUCCCCACCCUCUCCCUCUCUCUGGCCUCAGGGCCCCAAGCACCUGAGAGCCCUGCUGUGGCCCCUGCUGCUACCGCCGCGACCCCAGCUCAGACCGCAGUCAACAGCCACAACCAGGGCAAAGGCAUCAAGAUAAAGGAGGAGAAUAUCAUCCCCCAGAUUAAACUGGAACCUCAUGAAGUGGACCAGUUUCUCAAUCUUUCCCCCAAAGGUCUGGAGUCUCUGCAGAUGCCUCCCACUCCUCCCAGUUCCCACGGCAGCGACUCGGAGGGCAGCCAGAGCCCCGUCCACGCCCCGCCUGGCCUGUCCUGCCCCACCUCCCCCACCAGCCCUCCCCCAUCCCAGGCCAGCCUGAAGGUGUCGCCUCGCGCUGCUUCCUGCCUCUCUAACUCCCCUCUGCUCACCGCUCCUCAUAAACUGCAGGGGUCGGGCCCGUUGAUCCUGACUGAGGAGGAGCGUCGUACGCUGGUGGCUGAAGGUUACCCAGUUCCCACCAAACUGCCGCUCACCAAAGCUGAGGAGAAGGCGCUGAAGAAGAUCCGCAGGAAGAUCAAAAAUAAGAUUUCGGCUCAGGAGAGCCGCAGGAAGAAGAAAGAGUACAUGGACACUCUGGAGAAGAAGGUGGAGACCUGCUCCAACGAAAACAACGAGCUGCGCAGGAAAGUGGAAACUCUGGAGUGUACAAACAAGUCUCUGCUACAGCAGCUGCAGUCUCUGCAGGCGGUGGUGGCAGGCAAAGUCCCCAAGUCCUGCAGGGUGGCUGGUACCCAGACAUCAUCAUGCCUAAUGGUGGUUGUGUUGUGUUUCGCUCUGUUUUUGGGGAGUUUCUACCCCAGCAGUUGGACUCUGUGCUCCACCAUCACUGAAACUGGCCUCACUUCCAAACAGCUGGCUGUCAAAGAGUCCUACACAGCCACAGUUAAGUCGAGGAAUCUGCUAUCAACCUUCGAAGACGAGCAGCCACACCUGCUUGGUCUGGGCGGAGAAUAUCCAGAGCAAUGGGAGGACACGCCAGCCGUCGUCAUGGCGGUGUGGCGUCGCUCAGAGCAACAGAAACUGGGGGUGGAGCCCGACAGGGUGGAAACACACCCACCUUUCAGGAGUACAAGCAAUGAUACACAGACAUCAAAAAACCUGCUGCUGGACCGGCACAGGUCUCUGGAGCAGAGGGCGAAUGAGAGCAGUAGUAAAGUGAUAGAGCUGGAGCGAACGGUCAACGAGACCUCCUGAGGUUCAUGUCAACACCCCCACCCCACCCCGCCUCCCCUAAAGCUCACGAAGACCUUUGACCUUCCCCCCUCUGGAGCAUGGUUCAGUGUCCUGGAGCAAACCUCAUACAGUAGUUCCCACUGCUGAUUGUUUAAGGUCAUUUUUUUUUCUGCCAUCUCUGCUUAAUCAGAUACACUGUAAUAGUAAUAAUUAAUAAUAAUAAUAAUAAUAAUAACAAGGGGCACUGGUUGCCUUAAUUUCUGAAGUAAAGUUGCACUGAAUAGUUUUUCCAUGACCCAACUUCCAACCAUCAGUUGUCUUGAUUGAAACACAAAUUUAAAUAGAUCUGAUGAAUAAUGCAGCGCGGCGUUUAUUCCAGUGGAAAGUAUAUUAAAAUAUGACAUGUGAGGCUUUUUACAGGACACUGACGGAGAACCUUUGUAUUUAUAGAAACCUUUUUUUUCUAAAAUGAUUGUUCUUGUAGUUGUAUUUCUUUUAAUGUUAUAUGGUUUUUUUUCUGUUCCAGUGAUGCAUACAUCCAAUUUUGAUAUUUGUUUGUGUUCAUAUUGUAUUUUGUGUUUUUAUUUUAUUGUACUCUUUUAUAUAUUGUUAUAUAUUUUCUUCAUCUGACUUGACGUUUCAAACAUUGAGGGCUUAGCUCGGGGUUCCUGCCCUCAUUUGGAAAAUCUGAGGAGUGUCAAAAUCUUUAUUUGUUAAAAAGUUUAUAGAUUGGCAGCAAAAGAAUGAACAAAUUUGUAGUUUUGAUGCAGUUAAUGCAGGCAACUAAUUUCCUGUAGCUGAAGACUAAAUGUCAUAUUUAUCAACACACCUAAACAUCAUAUUUGGGAUGUUUUACAGGUGUGCUGAUCAGUUAAAUCCAGUUAAAUAUGAAUGUUUGCAAAAGACAAAAUGUUCAUAUUUGUCAUGUGGGAACCCUGUUAGUAAUGCUUCAGACAUUUUGACUUAAUUUUGCCUGUAUGACGGUCACUGUGUGUAAGUCAAGAGUCAAUAUUUGAGACUAGGUGUUCUGCCAUUUUUGUUUUGGUCAUCAAAAGCAUCUUAAGGGGCUACAUCUGUCACGUUGCUCUUACAGCUGUUGUGUGCAGUCAAGCAGCAAACUACACCUCAAAAUAACUAUUACGCAUCCCAUAAUAUUGUCUGUCCUUUUAAGGAAUAGUUUGACAUUUUAGGAAAAUAUGCUUAUUUGCUUUUUUGCCGAGAGUUAGAUAAGAAGAUCGAUGCCUCUCUCAUAUCUGUACGUUCAAUACAAAGCUACAGCUACAGAGGGAAACAAGCUAGCAUUGCUCUGUCCAAAGGUUAAAAAAUCCACCUACAAGCAGCUCUAAAACUCUCUGAUUAACGAAUGAGAUGUAACAUAUUAAUUAGUGAGCUUUAGAGCUGCUGGCAGACAGAUUUUGUUACCUUAGACAGAGCCAGGCUAGCUUGUUUCGCCUAUUUCCAGUCUUGGUGCUAAGCUAAGCUAACCGCCUGCUGGCCGUAGCUUCAUAUUUAGCGUACACACAUGAGAGAGGUAUUGAUCUUCUCAUCUAACUCUUGGCAAGAAAGCAAAUGAGCGUAUUUCCCCAAUUGUCAAACUAUGUCUUUUUAAAAUGUGUGAUGGACCCACAGAAUUCACUUUCUGCACUAACGCUUUCUGGCCUUUAAUCCUGCGAUGCUUUUGCCUGAAACACUUUGACUGUCAGCUCCAAGAGUCUUUAUCUGCAAUCUCCCAGCAUUUGCCAAAAAAAACAUUUCUUCCCAGAAAUGAAAGAAAGUAUCUAUUUUUGUAAAUAUGAGUUGUUAAUAAAUAAGGACGUCUAAAUGUGUCUGGGAUCUGCAGUUUAUAAACCAACCCAUAAUUAAUCCUGAGUCUAUUUUGGAUUCUGUGUUGUUGAUAAAUCAUGAACGUGAGAGGCCUUCGCUUCACGGUCUGUUGGGUUUAGUUUGUUAAUUACAGAUCAUGGCUUUAAAAGUCUUAAUUGUCCAUUGCAAGUGUAUUACAGAUGGGUUUUUAAAUGUCUGAGCUUUAUUGAAACGUGUGUUACAGACAUCUUAACCCAGACGUGAGGCUAGUUCGCUUUCUGUACAUCCAUGUUGUAAAUAGAAACACCCCAUUUGUUAAAAACUUAAAGUUAAUUAAAUCCAGAAACUUAUUGUAUUUUACAACUGAGGAUGAAUCAAACUGCCAACAGAAAUAGACCCCAGUCCCGUUUAGAGACUAGAGAACAAGAUGUGUAUAUAGAGGUCUCAUAUUUUAAGCUUUGUAGAUCAGUGGCUAGUUCAUCAAAGAUUUAUUGCUUUGCAUUGAUAGUCUUUGCUCCACGGUAGCCAAAACUACAUUCCUCACUGCAGAGGCUAUAAAGGUUGUACAGGAGAGAUCACAGGAAACACAAGAUAGACAUAUUUUUAUGUUUUGAAAGACUAGCAGUCAGUGCAGAGCGUUUUUGUUCCAUUUCCAUGUCGCUCCUGUGUAAAGCCACCCUGACAGGCUUUCUGUCUUUUUGCUUUUAAAUGAAUAAAGUAUUUUCCUUAGUAAAAGCAUA